AUGCUCAUGCAGAAUCGCGACACAGCGAAAUCAUCAGAUACGCCAGAACAGCUCAUGGGCAAUUUAAUCUACUUCCGCGCUCAGUCGCUGCCACAUCUACUAGCGCUUCUGCUCCACCCACCACAAGGAUUUCCGCCCGAAAACACCAAGCUUCUGGUGGUCGACCCUGUGUCAGGGCCGUUUCCUUCUUACUUUCUGAGUCCGUCCGAGUUAAAAUCCCGUCUGGCGCAGGCGAAGAUCACAGACAAGUCCCAGAUCCACUGGCUCAUGAACCGAAGAUGGAAUGUCACAAGCGAGCUGGCGAAUCAGCUGAUGAAGCUGGCGGCUUCAAGACGAAUGGCCGUGCUUAUCAUCAACCAAACACACACAAAGAUUAAAGGGCUGCCACGUGCUACCCUCAGCCCGCUGCUUGCGGGUGGCGCAUGGGAGAAUACCGUGCACACCCGCAUCGUCCUGUAUCGCGAUCUCCCGGCCGUUGACGAGGAAGAGUCAGAGAUGGCUUCAAGGAGCCUCCGCUACGCAGAGGUAUUGAAGAGAGAUGGCAAAGCCUUGACAGACUCUCUACGUGGGACCGACACGACUCAGCCGUCUCGCACUGUUCCACAGCAGCCUGUUGAGGAGACUUUCCCUGCUGGUGGGCGGAAGCGGAAAGUGGACGAGAUCGCGGACAGUCAGGAUGAGGGCGAUUCCGACGAGGACUUUGGAUGGGUUGAUGGCGACGAUGCUGGGUUGGUGGAAGGGCCUGCUGACGACUUAUGA